AUGGCGCCAGCAGUGGUACUUUGUCAUGGAGCAUGGCACAUACCACGCCACUACGCCGAUGUAGUCACCCAUCUAAACUCCAAAGGUUUCACGAGAGUCCACGUCCCCCGUCUGCCCUCAGCCACAGACACUCUCCCGCUCCCACCAACAGCAAAUCUCGCCCACGACACCGCUGAGAUACGAUCAACGAUCCAGGCUCUCGUCGAGGAAGGCCAGCAAGUCGUCCUCCUCAUGCACAGCUACGGCGGAGUCGUUGGAUCAAACGCCCUGGAUGGACUACUCUGGCCGCAGCGCCAGGCGAAGGGUCUUCCUGGCGGUGUGAUCCAUCUCAUCUACAUGGCGGCUUUUGUCAUACCGGCAGGGACGAGCCUGACGACGCCGUUUGAGGGCGAGAUGAUGCCGUGGCUGACCGAGGAUACUGAGAAUGGCAUCAUCCACAUGAACGAUCCGCGGCAUGCGUUCUAUGAGCACAUUGAAUCUGAUGCCGAAGCCCAGGAAUGGCUGGACAUGACUGUCCUGUGCCCUAGCAGUGUUGUGAGGGACACGCUGCAAUGUGCUCCGUACGAACGUAUUGGACAGGGAGUCGAUGCAACCUAUCUUGUGUGUUCUCAAGACAAAGAGCUUACUGUACCGGUCCAGGAAGCUAUGGCGACACUUCUUGGGGACACUCGGACGAUGGAGUACUGUGAUGCCGGACAUUGCGUUAUGCUCGGAUAUGCCGAGACAAUCGCUGAUGUUGUUGGUCGAGCAUAUCAAAGAUCACGAGUCCGGCUGGAGCCAACUGAUUAG